AAUCACGCCGUGAUAGGCAGAAGUUAUGUGACUAGCAGGCGGAAGGCCCCGUGUCCAAUUUCCAUUGAGAAACGCUGUUUAGGCUGAGGAAUCGUAAGGCUGGGAGGAGCGGUCAUGUACGGAGAUAUCGUAGUCUCGGGUGGGAAGUAGGAUUUGUGUGAAGAGCACUUGUGAGCUGAGGCUGCAAGGCAGAGUUGGCCCCCGUGAGUAGAAUUAAAAAUUAAUUGGCCAGUGGCUCAAGGCCAAAAGCACUAGGUAUCCUCAGGAGGCCGGGUUUUGGUAAUCGAACUCCCUAAACCACCAAUAAAAUAGCUUAAUUUAACGGCGUUUAAUAGUCGUAAUGCUGACGAUUGAAGGACAGAACGAUUUUCCAAUGGAAGUGAAUAAAGGCAGGUGGGCGGAGCGCUCUGUAGCGACAGACCAAUGAUCAGGCCAAUUCCAGCAAAUAGGCGUGUCCUUUAGCUGAGCGACAGAUCACAAGAACCAGUGAUCGACGUGAUGCCUGAGCCGCGGCCAACCAGGAGGGCACGUUCCCCGGGAGAAGGUCUGGGAGGCGGGAAAAGGGGAAGUGGGCGGAUCUCCGCACGCCCCGGCGGAAGAGGCAGAUUCAGGAAGCCAUUACGCAGCUGGCUGGCAGCGGCCGGGCCGGUCGGGGCUGGGCCCUACGCACUUUGCGUAGCGAGGGGGGUUACCAAAGGCCUGGUGCUUGGCCUUGGGCAAGCCCGGUCUAUCCCCUGUAGGGGGGUGGGUGAGAGGCGAGGCUGAGGAAGAAGAGAAGGGGAAUUGGGGCGGCUGGGGGGAUUAUAAUUUCUUUAAAAAGGGAGGGUGGGGAGAGGCCAUGGCCGUCCCAGCCAAGAAGAGGAAGAUGAACUUCUCUGAGCGAGAGGUGGAAAUCAUCGUAGAGGAGCUGGAACUGAAGAAGCACCUGCUGGUGAACCACUUCAACGCUGGGGUCCCUCUGGCUGCCAAGAGUGCGGCCUGGCACGGCAUCUUAAGAAGGGUCAACGCGGUGGCCACCUGCCGCAGGGAGCUGCCUGAGGUCAAGAAGAAGUGGUCUGACCUCAAGACCGAGGUCCGUCGCAAGGUUGCCCAGGUCCGGGCAGCGGUGGAGGGUGGCGAGGCCCCAGGGCCCACUGAGGAGGAUGGAGCCGGUGGGCCUGGGACAGGUGGUGGCAGUGGCGGCGGUGGCCCAGCUGUAGCCCCCGUCCUGCUCACCCCCAUGCAACAGCGCAUCUGCAACCUGCUGGGCGAGGCUACCAUCAUCAGCUUGCCCAGUACCACAGAGAUCCACCCCGUGGCCCUUGGACCCACAGCCACUGCAGCCGCAGCCACGGUCACCCUGACACAGAUCCCCACGGAGACCACCUACCAUACGCUGGAGGAGGGAGUGGUGGAGUACUGUACCGCUGAGGCGCCCCCACCCCUGCCCGCCGAGGCCCCCGUGGAGAUGAUGGCUCAGCACGCUGAUACCUCGGUCAAACCCCAGGCGCUCAAGAGCCGCAUCGCCCUCAACUCCGCCAAGCUGAUCCAGGAGCAGCGAGUUACCAAUCUGCACGUGAAGGAGAUCGCCCAGCACCUGGAGCAGCAGAACGACCUGCUGCAGAUGAUCCGCCGCUCCCAGGAGGUCCAGGCCUGCGCCCAGGAGCGCCAGGCCCAGGCCAUGGAGGGCACCCAGGCAGCGCUGAGUGUCCUCAUCCAGGUCCUCCGGCCCAUGAUCAAAGAUUUCCGCCGCUACCUGCAGAGCAACACGCCCAACCCCACUCCCGCCUCUGACCCUGGACAGGUGGCCCAGAACGGGCAGCCCGACAGCAUCAUCCAAUGAGGACGGGGGUGGCGCCAGCCUUCUGCUCUGUUUGGAUGACGUCACUGUGGUCUUGUACGUGGGUUCUGUGACUGGCCACGUGGACAGCUCUCUCUUUGAUAGACUGUUAGGGGUCCGCGGUUUCGGAGGAGUGAGGGAGACCGAGAAGAACUUGUUGGGCUCCUGGGACCCGCACUCUCUUACCCUCACCACUUGAGCUGCCUGGCUGACAGCCUGAAGAUUGGUUAGGUGGGCGGUGGGCGCUGGUGAGGCUCCACACCUUGUCAUGAGCCAGGGCUUGGGACACGACCCAGACCCUGUCUAGGACAACUGUAAGGGAGGUUCUCACUGGGGGCUGUCUCCCAGCCGGGGUCUGUGCUGAAAUUCUCCCCCCUCCCCCCACCCCCCCCAACCCAACCCAGUGUCAUCGUUUCGAAUAAGAUGUCAGUGGUGCUGGCAGUGACACAAUACCUUCUUCCUCCCUAGGGAGGCAGAGUGACUAGGCCUGAAGAGGAAACUCCACCCUUUUCUCCUUUGCACUGUGCCUCAGUUCUCAGGGGAUUCUAGUCAAUCUGUGCUCUCCCCACCCCCCACCCCAGCCCGGGCCUGACAGGGGCCCCCUUGGUAUAUACCCUGAGCUGCCUCUGCAUUACACCCAGGAUGGGGCCCGCUGGGCUCAGGGAUGCCGGGUGCAGUGAGGACAGCUUGGCCACCGUCUUGUCCUCCACUGCAUCCCUGGGCAGCCCUUUAGUGGUUUGUCAUGACAGCUCUUGACUCAGGUCGGGCAUCAGGCUUUAGGUGCUGUAAAUUCGAGAGAAAACAGACCCGCGUGGAAACGUGUUGUCCCCGCCCCCCCCCCCCCCCGCCCCUGCAGUGAAUCUGAGGUGACCGGUUGGCUUCUUCCAGAAGGCUUGCUUCAAGCCAGUUGUCUUUAUUCUGUACCACGGACCCCUUCUGGGAAAGGGUCGGGGGGGGGGGGGGGCAGCUCUGGCCACACCCUUCCUCCUUUCCUCUGUACUGACUCCACGAUUCUGAAACUCAUUGUGGGAAAAAGCCUCCUCAGCAUCACGCCCCGGACUCCCUGUCCCAUUAUUCAGCGCCUCGUGUUCCUGCGGGACUCCCACUGCCUGGCUGGGCGAAUCUGAAGGCCUGAUUGGCCCCGAGUGUCUGAGGUGGGAGAGCCAGAGCUGACCUAAGACGCGGGACCUUUGACUUCUGUGCUCGGGGAAGAGCAGACCGACCUCAGAGUGCGGAAGGAGAAUCGCCAUCGAUCACCGAGACACUCGCAUCUCCCCAGAUCAUUCCCCGGGAUUGCCAUUUUGCUGCCGGUGCCUUGGCCACGCGUGACCAACGGUUGCAACUCGAGGCUCCGGAUCUCAGCUAAACCAUGGAGGUGCUGCGCUUCUGGGCACGUACGUUUGGAAUUGCUUGCUCUGCGGUUGCAAUCACCGGAAGAUGCUCCCAGAGAUGGUCGGGAGGUGACCGCAGUACAGUGUGGUCCGCCCAACCCUGUGGAGCACGGGUGCAGCGUCGGCUACAGAGCAAUGGAGAGGAAUCAGGCUGGUGAGGGGGUGAAUGGCGGAAAGAAAGCUCUGCGGGCUGGAAAGCAGCAGCCCCUGGCAGCCCGGGCACGCUCCCUCCAUGGAGCCCGACAGCCCUGGCCGGGAAGCUGUGGAGACUUCCUGAGGACUUGCCACUUGGUUUGGUUUUUCUCUGGGGUUGGCAACCUGAGCCAGUAUUGGAUCUGUUCCAAUUGGGUAUAAGGAGGAAUCCUGGAUCACUUAAACUGACUGCUUCUUUCCAGGUCAUAAUUUUAAAUUAAAAAAAAAUGUAUCACUUUUUUUUUUUUACACAUAUCCGUGUCUUUAUUGGUCAUAGGUGGAAGAGAUAUGGGCUGGCAGAGAGCAGGGGCUGGCACAGUAUGGCCCAGAGGUCAUAUCUGGCCCACCACCUGUCUUUGUAAAUAAAGUUUUAUUGGACACA